UAACACCUCACCACAUUUUAUUCAGUAGCCCCUUACUGCAUCUGAAGAACAGUUGGUUUUUAAUCUCCGUCACCAUCUACAGAGGACUAUCAAGUCAUUAUGAGGACCGUUCACAUCCUCCUGCUCUGCAUCCUGGGGGCUGCACUGCUCUCUCCAGUGGUCUGCAACAGUGGAACUGGUCCUGAUGACUGCUGCUUCAGUUUCUACCCAAGAAGAGUGAAAAAAGACCUCGUCAAGGGAUAUUACAUGUCUGAUCACCGGUGCCCGAGGACUGGAGUCGUUUUGAUGACACAAAAGGGUCGUAACAUCUGCGUGGAUCCAAAUCUCUCCUGGGUUCAGAACAUCAUGAAAUAUGUGGAUGAAAAAACCUUUUAAACCAGCUGUCUGUCUGGAAAACUAAAUCCUGCUGUGUUUGUCGCUUUAUUAAAUCUCAUACUGUGAAAGUUUUGAUGCUCUUGUUAAAACACAGCAAAGAUUUUAGUGCUAAUGUGCAAACCUGCCGUAAAUAAUCAAAGAUUUUGCUUUCAAAUGAAUGAAUCAUUUAGAGUCUGAAGUGACUCACUAACCUACUGAUCCUUUGUCUGUGUCUGUGCCUUCUGGAUGCUUUGUAUUACCCACAAUAUCAUACAGAAUAAACAUCAUUCAAAUACA